AUGGGCAAAGACAAAACAAAGUGGAACACGUUUGAUCGUUUUUGCGAAAUACUCGCAACCACAUUACCUAUUUGUUCAAAUGAGCUCUAUUCUCAUGGAAUGACAAAUUCAAAAGCAGCAAGCAAAGUUUUCAAGAAGCUCCAAUUAGAAACAAAAAAAAAUACAAAUUUCACAUUUCCUACUGCUAAAGGUUCAAGAAAAUACAAAGAUGGUUUACCAGCAACAUGCAACGCCCCAAAAGAUGACAAACGUGUGAAAGAUUUUUUUGAUACUUUCAUUCAAGAAAACAAGAAAUGGAUUGUUAACGAGAUUGAAAAAGAGAUUUCUGCUCACUCCAACAAAAAACAAUCAUUGGCUUCACAAAUUCAAGGUGACAAUCAAUUAUUGAAAAUUCAGAAAGAAAAGGAGGAGUUACUUGAGAGAUUUAAAAAACAAGAAGAAGAUAUUGCUAAACAAGAGGAACAGUAUGUAAAACCUUUGACCAAAUUGGUGAAUGAAGUUGCAAAAUUGAUUGAGGUAAAGAAAGAGAAGAUUAGACAAAAAGAGGAAGAGGAGAAAAAUCAAAUAGAAGCAAAUUAUCAGAGUUUAUUUGAUUAA